UCUCGCUCAUUCUCUGCUCUCUCGCUUAUUCUCUCUGCUCUCUCUCUCUCUCCUUCGCUGACAAAAACAGACGCAGGUAGGAGGGCUCGCUCCCUCAAACUCUCCCUGCCUGCACCAUGCUGCCCUGGAGAAGAAGUAAGUUUGUUCUGGUGCAGGAUGAGGCCAAGACCAAGACCAAGAGCCUGAUCGCUGGGCUGACCUACCAGUCCAUCCUCUCCUCCCUGGUGCGCUCCUGUCCUGACCUGCUCCCCGACUCGACCCCCUUCGACUGGCUGGGCUCCGUCUUCCAGACCAAGAGGCAGAAGGUGGAACUCAACAAGGAGGAGCCCACAUACACUGUACGUUACCUGGGGAGCAUUGUCACCAUCACGGCUAAAGGAGGAGGCUGCACACAGGACCCAGUGGCUAAGAUCUGGCAAAGGAGUAACUACGGAGAGGAGAGCGUCAAGAUGAGGUUAACCGUGGGACCUCAGGGCAUCCAGAUGGGCACCGACAAGACGGGCAAGAAGAAACCCACCCACCUCUACUCUCUGAACCGGAUCACCUACUGCACAGCUGACCCCUGCCGACCCAAGAUCCUAGCCUGGAUCUACAGACAUCAAAUCAAGAACAAGGCUGUGGUUCUCAGGUGCCAUGCCGUUCUGGUCAGCAAGUCGGAGAAGGCCAGGGCCAUAGCACACAGUCUCUACCAGACGUCCACCUCAGCCUUCAGUGAGUUCAAGCGGCUGAAGAGGCAGAGUGAUUUCAGGCACUGCCAACAGCAGCUGCUGGGGGAGGACAUGGUGCCGUUGAUGCCCCUGAGGAGGCUGCUCAAUGGGCAGUGCCACUACCGGCCACCUGCCGAGAGCCCUGGAGGCCCCAGCGGCACCUGUCUCUGCUCUAUCGCAGAGGAGGAAGAAGAGGAGGAGGAGGAAGAGGAGGAAGAGGAGGAAGAGGUGGAGGAUGAGAGGGAUGAGGAGGUGGCGGAAGAGGGGUACGAGGCGGAUGAGGAAACUCUAUCGGACACUGACCUAACUCAUUCAUAUGGGUCAUGUGAGAUGAACCUAGGGGACAUAUUUGACGGACUGGACGAGUGCUAUAUCAACAUCAACAUAAACAUCAGCGACAGCAACAACAACACACUGACAUUUGUCAGCUCUCUAGUGUGAGUGGACAGAACAUGGAUAUGGAUACCAUAUUAUCACAUCAUCACAGAGACACAUACCUUCUCCUCUUCUUCACUGUCUGGUCCCUUUCUAUCACAGGUUACAUCCUCCUUUAUCACAGUGUGAAGAGGAUAGAUUCUGUCUGUCGGGAAAUUCUCCCCCACUGCUCUUUUGGGUCAAGGAACAAAGAAAAUGUAUUUUUACAGAUGGCUCAGACAGACACUGGCUUGACAAUUUCAAUUGACUGUGGCAAUUUUGUGAGUGUAUUUAUAAAGAUGGCUGUUUUUUGUGAAAGUAUUUACAAAGAGGGCUGCGAGAGAGUGAUAAUAGCACAAUGAAAAGGGAAUCAUCUCAAAGACUAUUGAGAGAACUAGCACUGACUGAGCUCGUCCUAAUAUUGCCAUGCCAGGCGAA